UCCCCUUUUAGCAGAUUCCAGAGCCGGAGGAGAAAGGGUGGCAACCCGCUGAUCCACCCCGGGCCGGAGUGGGGUGGGGCACGGGGAACCCGAACACGUGGAAAGGUUCCGGCGGGGCCACGGGAGGGCCCGGACUCAGAGUCGGGGCCAACCCGGCCUGGAGCGCAGAGAAAGCGCAGGCGGGGGGUGGGGGCGCUCAACACUGCACCUCGGGGAGCCGAAUGGGGAAAACUAAGACAAUUCAGAACGGGAACCCCGGGCGCAAGCAGGGGAGCGCUUUUCGGGUGGGCCGCGUCUGAAGGGGUCGAGCGAAACGCGAGCGCGGGGUAGUCAGGCCCUGGGCGACGCAGGGGCUCAGGGCUCUGCCCCACGAGGUUAGGGACGUGCGCCAGUGGCGUUCCCACGCAAUCUUGGCUACUGAAGUCUCAGGGAAGGGUCGCGCGCGUGGAAGAGGUGGACGCUUGGUGUGUGGUGUGUCCACGUGUGCAAGCUCGGGAGGGGAGAGGGUGAGGAAGGCGCCACAAAGACGGACUUUGUGUCUGAGUGUGCGCCUCGCUCCAGCCCGGAGCGGCCGUGCCCGGCGAGUGUCUCAAGGGACAGCUAGGACGGAGGGGACAAAGGCUGCGUGUCCGCCACCCAGAGAGCCGCGCCAAAGCAGCCCUCGCGCAAUCGGCUGAGCGAGACCGCUAGGAGAUGCAGGGAGCGAGAGUCUGCCCCGGGGGUGAGCCGAGUUGCACCCUAAACCGCUUUCUAGAGAGAAAGCCCGGUCCCGUAAGUGCGCGGGAGUGUGCGCGCGCCCGCGUGCGGGGGGCGUGGCAGUAAACAGCAACAACCCACAAGCCAGCUUGGCCAGAAACUCCGAUCUCCCUUCCCAGCCGGACAGUGCGACUCUCGAGCCUGGAGGGACCCAUCUGGGACCUGGCCUGGGACCCAGGAUGGCCACCCCCGAGACCUUGCUGAUGUGUCUUGGACUCCUUCUCUUCCUGUUUUCAGGGGCCCGGGCCCAGACACAUGUCCCACCUGGCUGCAGCUCAGACCUCAACCCCCUCUACUACAACCUGUGUGACCGCUCCGGGGCUUGGGGCAUUGUCUUGGAGGCAGUGGCUGGGGCAGGUAUCGUCACCACCUUCGUGCUCACCAUCAUCCUGGUGGCCAGUCUCCCCUUUGUUCAGGACACCAAGAAGCGGAGCCUGCUGGGGACCCAGGUGUUCUUCCUACUAGGAACCCUGGGGCUCUUCUGCCUUGUGUUUGCCUGUGUGGUGAAGCCCGACUUUUCCACCUGUGCCUCGAGGCGGUUCCUCUUUGGGGUCCUGUUUGCCAUCUGCUUCUCCUGCCUGGUGGCUCAUGUCUUUGCCCUCAACUUCCUGGCCCGGAAGAACCAUGGGCCCCGGGGCUGGGUGAUCUUCACCAUGGCUCUGCUACUGACCCUGGUGGAGGUCAUCAUCAACACCGAGUGGCUGAUCAUCACCCUGGUGCGGGGAGGUGGUGAGGUUGGCUCUCUGGGCAACGGCAGUGCUGGCGGGGCUGUGGCCUCCCCCUGCGCCAUCGCCAACAUGGACUUUGUCAUGGCGCUCAUCUACGUGAUGUUGCUGUUGCUGGGGGCCUUCAUGGGGGCCUGGCCCGCCCUAUGUGGCCGCUUUAAGCGGUGGCAUAAGCACGGUGUCUUUGUGCUGCUCACCACAGUCACCUCAAUUGCUAUCUGGGUGGUGUGGAUCGUCAUGUACACCUAUGGCAACAAGCAACACAACAGCCCCACCUGGGAUGAUCCCACGCUGGCCAUCGCCCUUGCUGCCGAUGCCUGGGCUUUUGUCCUCUUCUACAUCAUCCCCGAGGUCUCCCAGGUGACCAAGGCCAGCCCGGAGCAGAGCUACCAGGGAGACAUGUACCCCUCUCGUGGCGUGGGUUAUGAGACCAUCCUGAAAGAGCAGACGGGCCAGAGCAUGUUUGUGGAGAACAAGGCCUUUUCCAUGGAUGAGCCAGCCUCAGGUAAGAGGCCCGUGUCGCCUUACAGCGGGUACAACGGGCAGCUGCUGACCAGUGUGUACCAGCCCACCGAGAUGGCCCUGAUGCACAAAGGCCCGUCCGAAGGCCCUUACGACGUCAUCCUCCCACGGGCUACCGCCAACAGCCAGGUGAUGGGCAGUGCCAACUCGACCCUGCGGGCUGAAGACCUGUACACAGUCCAGAGCCACCAGGCGGCCACGCCACACACAGACGGCAAGAACUCUCAGGCUCAGUCCCCGCAAAAUAAAACGAGAUGGUAGACGCCCUCUUCCCUGGACCACACAGCAUCCUGAUGUCCUCAUUCCUCUGUACCCAGGCUGGGCAGAGCCCAGCACCUUUCCUGCCCUUGUCAUUGGAGCUGGGAGGGACCGGAGGCCACCAACCUGAAGAAGUGGACAGAGUGGGGGCCCUGUGAAGGCCUGAGGCAUGUGACUGGGCCCUCUUAGGGCCACCUCUUUUCUGCCCAGCCCAGCCACUGCAGCUAUGAGGAGCUGCGUGCAGACUCCCAGCUCCCCUCUAACACUCCUCCCACAUCACAGCCCCUGAGUCCCCACGCUGUUCUACAGAUGGCCACCCUGCUGUGAACAGCAGGCCUUAGCUGUCCCUCUCGUGACACUGGAUCUUUCUGGCCUGGCCAUCUUCGUGUCUGGCAUCGGCUCAUCCUACACUGCACUUGGGUGGAUCUCCUGCAUGAGGCUUUGAAGCCAAGCCAUGGCAGAAGUUAUCCCUUGCCCUUCUCCCCAGGGUCUUCUGUCACCACCUGGAUUAUGGAAGGCCACUGAGCUGGCUGGAUAGGUGCUGCUUCUCUUCGUGGCCUGUGGGUCCUGGAUCCGAGGCACUGACUCUGACCAAGCCUUCCCACCUUCAGCAAACCAGGACCACUACCAAGCCAGGGCCAGCCCUGGCCGUUCUCUGUUCCCUCCUCCCCCUCACCAGCUGGGACAGGGAUUGCCACACUGGUCCCAACCAGGGAAGUUCUCAUCAUACAGAGAUACCUCAUGGAGCACCCCACAGAGGAGUUGGCAACCCACAGUGAUAUUUGGGGCUCAGCACCAUUUAUGUGCCUCAGUCCUUCUUGCUGGUGUCUGCUCUUAGCCAGCUGGGAAAGUGGCUUUGGGGACAGGUGCAGGUGUAGAUGCCCCUCCAUUUCUUGGAUCUCACAUGUUCUGGGGAGCAGGGGGUCCCUGCUGUGGCUACCCCAUCUGGUUAGGGCUUGAAGCUUCCUUAGGAGACAUAGGGUAGAGAUCAGGGCUGCUUUCUUUUUUUUUUUUGGUACCAGGGAUCGAAUUCAGGACCUUGGGUUUGUGAGGCAGGCGAGAGCACCACUGAGCUAAAUCCCGGCCCAGGGCUGCUUUCUUGGGAACCAGUUAAGGGUCCUAGAGUCCAGGCCGCUCCUGUAACUGAAACUCACAGGGUAUGGGGAAGCCCCCUAAGUAAGUGGGGUCCCUCUAGCUGGUUCCGAUUGGCAGGUGUGUAAGUUCCUACCUCACCGUGGGCAGCAGAGAUUCUCAGAGCAUCUGUACGUGCUAAUGCUAUCUUUAUCGCUGGACCAGCUUCUUAUGUCCUUGGCCUUGGACGCACUUGGGGAGGUCCUGAUGGCAGCCAGGGAAGAGGGGACAUUCUCAGGACCAGCGUCAUGCUGCCACCAAGGAGAGCGAUGAGCAUAGCUCCAGACUCAUGGGACUCGGGUCUCCACAGCAUCCUCUUCCCUACCUUUGUCCUGUCCUUGGGUAGCAGACAGAGCUGCUCAUCCAAGGGGCCCUCACUGGGUGUACCCUGCGGCUCUGCCCUCAGCCCAGCUUUGGGUACAGAGGUGGAAGGUGAGGACAGCAGCUUUUGGAGUCAGCACCCUGAGGUCAGGCCAGUGCCACCCUCCUGUGUCCAACAGCCUGUCCCUUUGUUACUGGAGUGAUUUUCCAGAGCUAAGCUGGGUGAACAGUUCCCACAGAGCAGGGCUGUACCCCUAGGUGUGCCCCCCCCAACAUUGUACAUGGUUGCUUAGUUCUACCAAUAGGGUAACAUUUUCUGUGAAGGGAAGGGACACCUCCGAGCAUCUCAAGACUGCUUGUGAUCUCGGUGAGCAACCUCAGGUUCCCUUACCGUGAGCAAAGGUGUGAGCUUACUGUUCUAGAGUCCCUGGCUGCAUCAGGUGGCCAGGGAUGAAGCCUGCGGUGGACCUGGGUGUGUUUGUAGCCUGGGUCUUUUGGGGCCUGCAGGUGAGUCAAAGGGGAUGGGCUCCUAAAAGGUGUAGGCUGGCCCAGGUUCCAGAGUGUUCUGUGGUCUUGUAAUCCCCCAGUCCUGUGCUGAGUGGAGAACAUAGAUGAAUUUUAUUUUGGGGGUUUUGUUUUGUUUUGUUUUGAGAUAGGGUCCUGCUAAGUAGUUCAGGCUGGCCUUGAACUCACAACAAUCCUCCUGUCUCAGCCUCCUGAAUGUUGGACCACAGGUGUGUGCUGCCACUUCCAGUGAUAGAUGUGUUUCAGGAAGAGAGAGGUGCUUUUCUAUUACACGCAAGCCUGGAGUGGGAAGAAGCUAGAGCAGGCCAUUUCCUGGUGCAAGGUCAUCACCGGUGGACCAGCGCCUGGGUAAAUGUCACCCCCACCACCUCAGACCCUGUAGUUGGAAGCAGAGGGAUUUCAUCUUAAUAACGGUGCAGAAUUAAAUGACUGUCCUCCAUUUGUGAGAGGCCGCUGCCUUUGA